UUUACCUUAAAGAGACAAGUAAACAAGUGAUCUUUGAACAUUGAGGAGAAUUUAAUUCAUUCAUCACAAGAGACAUUUUGUUUACAGCAAAGAGAGAAAAAUUGUAAACAAAUCAUAAAAGAAACAUCUGGAAAGAUCAAGCAAGAAGAUCAGAUAACAGCAAACACAAUGGUACGAGUUACGAAACCAAAGAUCGACGGAAUAAACAAUAGGAUUAAAGAGAACAUUAAAGAAACUAAAGAAUCCUUAGAAGCUGAGAAAAAUGAACAAACAUUUUAUGAUCAAGCGACGAUAUUGAAAGUGAAACUUGAGAGAUCGAUGGAAAAAUUGAAUGAACAACUAAAGGAGAUAGAGAAUCAAGAAACCGAAUUUACGACUGAAGAAUACGAGGAAACGCAAUCAGACGCUGAAGACAAGAUAGCAGAACUAGAUGCAUUACUAUUAAGCCACAAAGAAAAGCAAGAAAUGGAAAUCAAACAAAGAGAAUACGAGAAAGAAAUGGAGAGACGAAUGGAAAUGGAACUUAAAGAAAAAGAAAAGCAAAUGGAAAUCAACGCUGAUAUCGAGAAAACAAAAUUAAAGCUGCAAAUGGAAGAGUGAAU